AUGGCCGACGCGAGUGCUGCAAGUCACUACGAACACGAGGUUCCCCGCUUUGAUAAAACCAAAUACCGGAAGCACCUGUGGGGAUGGUUCAGCUAUGCAUUUGCUAGCGAAGUCUUCGUGAUCGCUUCUGUAACCCUCUUCCUGCCGAUAUGCUUGGAGCAGUUUGCAAGGGACAACGGGUUCCUCCUUCCCAACAAGACUGAACCGUGUUCUUCUGUCUCGGGUGCCCCAACAACCACGGAGUCGGGCGAGGAGGCAAGAUGCGUAGUGAAGCUAGGUUGGUUUUGGGUGGACACGGCGAGCUUCAGCUUGUAUGUCCUUUCGUUCUCCGUGGCCUUGCAGGCCUUAGUUGUCAUCUCUAUGGGUGGCAUUGCGGACCACCCUGCACAUCGCAAAAAGGCGCUCCUCUCCUUUGCCGCACUUGGCUCAACGGCGGCAGUCCUAUUCCUGCUGUUACCGUCUACCUCUCCGUUGUGGCCUCUUGUUGCAGUGCUCGCCGUCUGCGCCAACGUCGGCUUCGGGGCUUCUAUGGUCACCCUGAACGCAUAUAUCCCCACUCUCGCGCACGAAGCGCAAGAAGUGCUCGAAGCCCGCAACGAGGUCGCACGGGUCGCCUCUUCCAGCCAUGCGAGGACGUCGUACGAACAUCCAGACACUGACGCUGAUGCCGAACAGCCUCUCUUGGCGCACGAAGAGGGCACCGAGAGCUCCGAACUCAAGGCUGCCAAGGUCAACCACGAGAAAAUCCUCUCCGCGACCAUUUCCCGCAUAUCCUCUCAAGGAAUCGCGAUGGGUUACUCGGCAGGAAUCAUCGUGCUCAUCCUUACUCUCAUUCCCGUAACCCUGAUGAAGGGCUCCACCGAUGCUCUGCGCCUCGCCAUCGGUCUCAGCGGCCUCUGGUGGGCACUAUUCACUCUCCCUGCUGCAGCCUGGCUCCCCGGUGCGUCCGCGACCGCCGCCGCCAUCGCUAUCGAACUCGACGGCACAGCCCCCUCGUCCCCCGAGCGUGAAUGGCGCAUGUCCCGCGAGAUCGUGGCGGCGUGGAAGCGCCUCGGGCGCAUGUUGCACUACCGCGAGGUCCGCAAGCUGCGCAACACCUUCGUGUAUCUCGCCGCUUGGUUCCUUCUCUCCGACGGCUUCACCACGAUCACGAACACCGCGAUUCUGUUCGGCAAGACGGUGCUCCACAUGCCUGCGUCGUCCCUCAUCCUCAUCGGCGCGAUCUCUCCGACGGCAGGCAUCGCGGGCUCGCUCGUGGUGCCGAUGAUCCAGCGCCGGAGGGGAUGGUCGAACCUCCAGACGGUCACGGCGCUGGUGAUCAUUGCAUCACUGGUGCCUGCGUAUGGAUGCCUAGGCUUCCUCCCGUUCUUCCAGAGCUCCGCGGUAAAGUUCGGAGGCCUGACGACCCCUGGCGAGAUGUUUGUUCUCGCCGUCUAUUUCGGAUCGGUCUAUGGUGCGUUCCAAGGGUACGCUCGUGCGCUUUACGCAGAGAUCAUCCCGCCGGGCGAAGAAGCGCGGUGGUACGCGCUGUUCUCGAUCACGGACAAGUCCAGCUCCUUCCUCGGACCUCUGGUCGUUGGAGUCAUUGCCGACACGACCGGCAAUAUACGAUACGCGUUCUUCUUCCUCACGGCCAUGAUUUGGUUAUCGAUCCCUGUCCUCACGAAAGUCAACAUGGAACGAGGCCGUGCGGACGCGCUCAGAUACAUGGCAGCGGGCUCGGGAUCUCGUUGA